AUGUACGCCAUCCUCAUGGACUGCCUCCUCAAGAUGGACGAGGACGUGCGCCUCCUCCACCAGAGCGGGGUGCUCGUGAACCGCAUGAACGACGAGAGGAAAUACGCCGCCACGGGGUUCUUCAGCCGCCUCUGCGCUGAGGCACGCACCUCAGCCAACCGCAACCACCUGGCCGACGUGAUGGAGGAGGUCAUGAGGUACCACAGAGGGAGAUGGCCCAGGUGGCGUGCCGCUCUGGUGACCAACCCUUGGGUGACCACCUCCCUCGUCGCCUCCGCGGUCUUGCUAGGCUUGACCGUGCUGCAGACCUACUACACUGCCGUUGCCUACUACAAGCCAACCAAGUAA